UGAAUAUAUUUCAUUUUUCUUCCAAAGAAACACAUUUAAUAAUUUGAAAUUGGAAUUGAUUUGACAAAUAAUAGUCAAAUAUCAUUAAAGAGGGAAAGGUUUCGUAGUUUGAGUGAUUGACUCGUGUAGAGAGAGACAAGGAACACGAACAGCCCAAUUCAACAGAUCUUCCCCACCUUGAAAACAAGUCAUCAAUCAGGUGUGUUUGAAAGGAAACUAGCUCGGAAUGUCAUGAGAAAUGAGGGUUAGGGUUUUUAAAGUUUGGGAUAGAUGGGGUGUGUGCUUGGAAGAGAGAUUGCGUCUUCUGGACCACCAAGUUCUGAAAUCGUAGUAGAGAAGAGGCGAGAGAAAGAUAGGGAUUCAAAUGGUCAGUCCGGAAGGAGAGAGAGAGCUUCUGCUGCAAAUCCCGACACCAGCAACAAUGGCGGAGGUGGUGGUGGUGGAGAGCCACAAAAUGGGGUUUCUCAAAAGGUGGAAAAAGAGGCGAAUGUGAGGCCGAGAGGAGAGAGAAGACGCUCAAAGCCUAAUCCUAGACUGAGUAAUCCACCCAAGAACAUCCAUGGCGAACAGGUGGCUGCUGGGUGGCCUGCUUGGUUGUCUGCUGUUGCCGGAGAAGCCAUUAAUGGUUGGAUUCCUAGAAGGGCUGAUACUUUUGAGAAAAUUGACAAGAUUGGGCAAGGCACAUACAGCAACGUGUACAAAGCUAAAGAUACAAUGACAGGAAAAAUAGUUGCAUUAAAGAAAGUUCGAUUUGACAAUUUGGAGCCUGAAAGUGUGAAGUUUAUGGCUAGAGAGAUUUUGAUAUUAAGGCGUUUAGAUCAUCCAAAUGUUGUGAAAUUGGAAGGAUUGGUGACAUCAAGAAUGUCUUGUAGUUUGUAUCUUGUUUUUGAGUACAUGGAGCAUGAUUUAGCUGGACUUGCUGCUAGCCCUACAAUCAAAUUCACAGAACCCCAGGUGAAAUGCUACAUGCAUCAACUGUUAUCUGGGCUUGAACAUUGUCAUAAUCGACAUGUGUUACAUCGUGAUAUUAAGGGGUCGAAUCUUCUUCUUGAUAAUGGAGGAAGUUUAAAGAUUGCUGAUUUUGGUCUUGCAUCCUUUUUUGAUCCUAAUCACAAACAACCAAUGACUAGUAGAGUUGUUACAUUAUGGUAUAGGCCACCUGAGCUUCUUUUAGGGGCAACUGAUUAUGGUGUAGGAGUGGACUUAUGGAGUGCAGGGUGCAUUUUAGCAGAGUUAUUGGCCGGAAAGCCUAUCAUGCCUGGUCGUACAGAGGUAGAGCAGCUUCACAAGAUUUUCAAGUUAUGUGGGUCCCCUUCUGAUGAAUAUUGGAAAAGGUCAAAGUUGCCACAUGCAACUAUUUUUAAGCCCCAACAGUCAUAUAAAAGAUGCAUUGCUGAAACUUUUAAAAAUUUCCCACCUUCAUCACUCCCUUUGAUUGAUACCCUUAUUGCAAUUGAUCCUGCUGAACGUCAAAAUGCAACAGCUGCUUUGAGAAGUGAAUUUUUUACAACAAAACCGUAUGCCUGUGAUCCUUCAAGCCUUCCAAAAUAUCCACCUAGCAAGGAGAUGGAUGCCAAAUUACGUGAUGAAGAAGCUAGAAGGUUGAGAGCUGUUGGUAAAACAAAUGCGGAUGGAGUGAAGAAGAGUCGCACUCGUGAAAGACCUGCAAGGGCUAUGGCUGCUCCAGAAGCCAAUGCUGAGCUCCAAGUAAACAUUGAUAGACGCCGAUUGAUCACACAUGCAAAUGCAAAGAGCAAAAGUGAAAAAUUUCCGCCACCUCAUCAAGACGGGACCCUCGGAUAUCCAUUGGGUUCCUCACAUCAUAUGGAUCCAAGUUUUGACCCGCCCGAUGUCCCAUUUAGCUCAAAUUUUUCAUACGGAAAACCGCCAGUUCAGACGUGGUCUGGACCAUUGGCUGAAGCGGGACCCACAGGAGGUCGUAUUGGUACUGGUACAAGAAGAAAGAAACAUAAUCAUAAUCAAAAUCAAAAUCAAAAUGAUUCUUCAUCAAAGAAUAAUAACUAAAACUAAGACUUGACUGGCCGGGAAACCCUUUUACAUUUAGAAUGAAGAGGUAAAGCUAUUUUGUUUAUUUCCUUUUCCUUUUCGUUUCUUGUUUUUAUUUUUAUUUUUUAAUUUUUGUCUUAUGGGAUAUGGUGAGAAAGGGUAUUUUGGGUACUGUAAAUGUUCUUGGUUUUUUUGUUCUUUUGGUGAAGGAGUUUUAUAGGUUAGUGAAUUUGAAAUAAAUAUAUUACUAUUGAACAAUACUUGAUUAUUC